CGCUAUGGAACGCACGCGGCGUCCACUCCGCGUCUCUUGCGUGUCUCGCGAACGUGUUUACUAAACUUUUUUAACUAAGAGAUUAAUAUCAUCAGGUUAUCAAGAGACAAAUGAAAGUGAAAUUGGAGUUUUAAAAAUGAUAGCAACAAAAAAACAAGACAAUGACAUUACGCCGCUGUGACAGUUUACCCGGCCGGCUUCGGGAGGCCCCAGUUUCGCUUGAUUCCAUACCAGCAUCACCACCCAAAGCAAAACUACCAGACUCCAGCACCGAUCCCGAUUUUAACGACCCACCGAAACUAGAAGAAGUUAUAGCAACAUGGAAGUCACUUUAUACAGACGUUGAAAAAAUAACUAAUGGCUUACCGAAUAAUAUUGAAUCGUGUAAUGGCAAAGCAAUCAACAGAGAAACUGUUACUCAUAAUGUCGUGUCAGAAUCUGGGUCUAGUAAGAACGAAACACGGAGAAAACUUGUUUUUGAUAAAUCAAACGCUUGUAACGCAAAAGACAGCAAUGCGAACAACUCAGUACAUACCGAUGCGGUUCAAACGAAUCCAGUAUACGGUACGAGUAAGCAACGGAGAAAGACUUUAUUGGAACGCCUUCUCUCCUGGCGAACUUCGGAGUGCAACUGUCGUGAAAAGUUCACACCAAAACGGCCCACGCCUAGGCUAACAGCUGAAGAAUUGUUAUGUACAUGUGGUGUUUCUCGAGUUAAUUUCCAACAACGACAGAAUAAGUAUGCGGAACGAGGUCGCUCUAAAAGUGUUGGCUACGAAGCAGCUCGUGAAGUGACUCAAUUUCGUCGGUGUGCUAGUGCGGGUGCUACAGUGGGCAUUGAAACGGCAGCUGCAUUACGUGCGCGAGCAGCUCUGACGCUAGCUCGUCGCUACUACCCUGAAGGUGGUUGGGGUUGGACGAUCACGGUCGUUGGGACAUUGGUGCAAAUAAUCACACACGGAUUGCAACUCGGCGGGGGCACGGGAGCUGUGGCCUGCACUGCCGCUGUCAAGUAUCGUGUUCCGCCGCUUUACAGUUACGGUUGCCUGGGGGCGCUAUCAGUGGGCGUGGCGCUUGCGUUGUCACCGGUGUCGGUCGCGUUGUGUGUGCGCAAAUCGACGCGUGUGACGGCCGUCGUGGGCGGCCUGGUCGCAGCCCUCGGAUGCCUAUUCACGUCCUUCGCGACUCAGUUCCAUCAGCUCUUCUUCAGCUAUGGGACUGUGGUAGGUGUAGGCGUGGGUUUGACUCGAGACUGCUCAACGCUGAUGGUGGCACAGUACUUCAAACGGCGCCGCGAGCUCGUCGAGAUCUUCAUAGUCAGCGGAAGUGGCCUCGGCAUCGCCGUCAUGUCCACAUUCAUCAAAGGCGCUAUAAGAGCAAUAGGAUGGAGACUAGGACUUCAGGCAGUAACAGGAGUUGUCUUCGUUACUUUCAUCCUCGGGACCUUUUACCGGUCUGCAUCUCUAUACCAUCCUCAACGACGUGCCAUAUUGCAUCUUAAGAAUCAGAACAAAAUCAAAAGGAAAAUGAAAGACAAGAACAAGUCGGAUGAUCGACAACCCUUCUUCGAUUUUUCCACGCUGAGAUCAAAGACUGUAAGGAUCCUACUGAUGUCUACUGGUAUAUCGGCGUUCGGGAUCAACACUCCGAUAUUUUACUUAGCUUAUCAUGCUGAAGAAGAAGGAUUGGGUGACACCGCAGGCUUGUUACAAGCGUACCUCGGGUUAGCAUGGGCGGUGGGGUGUGCAGCAUUCGGCCUGCUGGUACGUCAGAAGUCAGCUGAAUGCCGCAUAGCACGGCAAUACCUCACGCAGGCUGCGGUUUUCGUGUGUGGACUGGCCACUAUGGCACUGACCGCGGUCGAGGGCUCAUAUAGUGGAUACGUGAUGUUUGCUUGGGUCUAUGGUAUAUUCUGCGGAGGCUACCACUACUCUCUGAAGAUGUACACCUAUGAAAGGGUACGUUCACGUAACUUCGCCAGGACGUGGGGCUUCGUGCAGUGCUCGCAAGCUGUACCUAUAGCAAUAGGAGUACCCCUGUCAGGGUACAUAAACGUGGGUUGCGGCAGUAAGGCUGGCUAUUACUUCAGCUCGACUUGCUCACUAUUAGGGUCGCUGUCUCUUUUCUGCAUUGACCUGCACCGCCGCAGCGUCGCGCACAAACACACCAAAGAAAAUGGCGGUACUUGUGAGUCAGCUUGCGGCCAGUCCCGUCGCAGUCGCAGCAGGGACCGGGAGCCGCGGACGGCCGCAGGCGCCGCCACCGCCUUAGUUCUAGGAGCAGAAUUAGUAGCGCCGGGAAGGGCGGGUCGUGACCUCCUGCUGGACAGCAUUGGACCUGGCAGCCUCGGGUCCCCGCCUGCCAAGCUGCCGCCGGAGCUGACCUGUAUCAGCGAAGAAGGAGGUCUCGACUUGGACCUGGAUCUAGAUAUACCAGAACAUCUUCUAGAAGACUUGGAUUGUGGUGGUGAUUGUAUCACUAGUUGUAAUAAGGUGGAGAAUUAUCUAGUGCUGAGCGAAUACGAGAACAAUUUGAUAGCUGAGUUACCAAAUUUGAACGAGCGUCGCGGCCGUCGCUGGUCUAUCGUGGUCGGUAACUCCUCACCGCCCGCCGCGCCCGACAACCAAACCACACCUGAACAUAGGAACUCUAUCAAAUGGAAGAAAAAGUGCCAUAACUCAAACAACAGACUGAUAACAGUGAUAAACGAGGCGUCCUUAUAAACUUGUAGUGAAAUGACGACGAGACAAUAAGUAGUAUAAAUUGGUUAAUGUACCUACGACCUAUUUAACCUCAUAAUUUAUUUGAUGUGUGUGGAUAGUAGCGACAAUUGUGUAAUGCUCUAUAUAAGUUAUUAAAUUAU